AUGCUAAAAUUAUUCCAGAUUGUCAAUAGCCUUCCACCAGUUUGGAGUGAAAAGUCACCACAUGGAACUCUUGGAACAUAUAUGGGAGGACAAAUUGUGUCUCUAAGCGUUUCUGCUCAGGAUCCUGAAAAAGGAAAUGUUACUUAUGAAAAAGUAUCAGGGGCACUACCACCUGGUGUUCAUCUGAACAAAAACACGGGAGCAAUUACUGGACGCAUUCCGGAUAUUGAUGCAACUUAUGAAUUUGGAAUCCGAGUUACGGAUGUUCACGGAAAAUACGCAGAUCAAAUAUUUUCAAUUGAUACAAGAGAAAGAGACCAGUGUCAAAGCUCUCCAUGUUUACAUAGUGGAACGUGCAUUGACGAUAUUGAAGACUUUAAAUGCACAUGCGCAAAACCCUAUGGCGGGAAAACAUGCCAGCUAAACUGUGUGUCUUCACCUGUCGGAAUUGACCAGAACAGUAAGAAAAUCCCGGACGCCCAAAUGUCUUGUCACUACUGUUAUGAUGAUAGCGCCGGGGUAGACGGCCGACUUCACGCUCCACAAGGAUGGGUGGGACAAAAUACAAACUCAUGGCUACAGGUGGAUCUGGGAAGAGAAAUGAUGCUGCAUGCUGUUGCAAACCAAGGCUACGCAUCCUCUAAUUACUACAUUUCGACAUACACAAUCAAAUACAGUGUGGAUGGAAAUAGCUUCCUUGACGUCAAAAAUGGAACCUCGAUCAUGGAUUUUAGCGGAAGCAGUAGCGUAAACUCCGUAAUAAAACACACGUUUCUGACGCCAUUCAAGGCGAGGUUUGUCAAGUUUAUACCCAAAACCUUUCACAGCAAGCCGGGAAUGAGAGUGGAGCUGUAUGGAUGUGAUGUUUAAAUAUUAGAUUCUGA